UCGGCUCGAGAGGAGAGCGGAGCAGGCGCGCGGCCCAGACGGAGGAGCGCGGACUCUGGAGCAGUCGGAGCUGGAGGAGGAGGAGAGGCGGCGGGGAAGGCGGAGGAGGGAGAGAGUCGCUCCCGCCCGGCGAGCAUGGGUCGCCCGGCGCCGAGGCCCCUGCUGCUGGCGCUCCUGGCGCUGGCUCUUUGUCAAGGGCGCGUGGUGAGAGUCCCUACAGGGAGCCUGGUCCGAGUGGUGGACACUGAGCUGGUUAUUCCCUGCAAUGUCAGUGACUAUGAUGGCCCCAGCGAGCAGAACUUUGACUGGAGCUUCUCAUCCUCCGGGAACACCUUUGUGGAGCUGGCGAGCACCUGGGAGGCGGGCUUCCCAGCCCAGCAAUAUCGGGAGCGGCUACAGAGGGGUGAGAUCCUAUUGAGGCGGACAGGCAAUGAUGCUGUGGAGCUCCAUAUAAGGAAUGUCCAGCCCUCAGACCAAGGCUACUACAAGUGUUCAACCCCUAGUACAGAUGCCACCGUCCAGGGAAACUACGAAGACACAGUGCAAGUUAAAGUGCUGGCUGACGCUCUGCAUGUGAGCUCCAGCCCGCAACCCUCCCCUGCCCUGAGCCUGCGGGAAGGUGAGCCCUUCGAGCUGCGCUGUUCAGCCUCUACCACCUCGCUGCUGCACACGCACCUGUCAGUGAUGUGGGAGGUUCAUCGGGGCGCCGCCCGGCGGAGCAUCCUUGCCCUGACCCAUGAGAACAGGUUCCGCCCUGGCCCAGGGUACGAGCAGCGCUACCACGGCGGUGAUGUGCACAUGGACACAGAAGGGAGCGACAUUUACCGCCUCUCAGUAUCCCGGGCUGUAUCGGCAGACCAGGGCUUGUACAAGUGUGUGGUCAGUGAGUGGAUUGGAGAGCAGAGUGUCUGGCAAGAAAUUCAAGAAAAAACGGUGGAUGUUGCCACCGUAGUGAUCCAGCCAACAGUUCUAAGAACAGCCGUAGCCAGGAACAUGUCUGUGGCUGAAGGAAAGGAACUGGACCUGUCCUGCAACAUCACGACAGACCGAGUGGAUGACAUCCGGCCUGAGGUGACAUGGUACUUCAGCAGGACACCAGACAGCACUUUGCCUGGCCUCCAUGUGUUGGCACGGAUGGACCGUGAUUCCCUGGUGCACAGCUCUCCUCAUAUUGCUUUGAGCCACACGGAUGCACGCUCCUACCAUUUACUGGUUCGUGACAUUAGCAAAGAAAACUCCGGCUACUAUUUCUGCCACGUGUCGCUCUGGGCACCCAGACAUAACAGGAGCUGGCACAAGGUGGCAGAGGCCAUGUCUGCCGCGACCGGUGUGGAUGUGACCUGGCCAGAACUAGACUACCAAGUGUAUCUGAAUGCUUCUAAGGUCCCCGAGUUUUCCGAUGACCCCACCAAGCUGGAAUGCCGGAUAGUGGACAUGAAGCGCUUGGAGGCAAAUGUCCGCUUCACUGUUUCAUGGUACUACAGGAUGACCCGACGCAGUGAUGACGUGGCCACGAGUGAGCUUCUCGCUGUCAUGAAUGGGGACUGGACCCUGAAAUACGGAGAGAGAAGCAAGCAGCGGGCUCAGAAUGGAGAGCUUAUUUUUUCUAAGGAGCAUGUGGACACAUUCAGUCUCCAAAUCCAAAGGACUACAGAGGAAGACAGAGGCAAUUAUUACUGUAUUGUGACUGCCUGGACCCAACAGCGGAAUAACAGCUGGGUAAAAAGCAAGGAUGUUGUCUCCAGGCCUGUCAACAUCUUCUGGGCAUCAGAAGAUUCUGUGCUUGUGGUGAAGGCAAGGCAACCAAAACCUUUCUUUGCUGCAGGAAAUACAUUUGAGAUGACUUGCAAAGUGUCUUCCAAGAACAUUAAAUCGCCACGGUAUUCUGUUCUCAUCACGGCUGAGAAACCUGUGGGGGACCUCUCCAGCUCCAAUGAAACCAAGUACAUCAUCUCCCUGGACCAGGAUUCCGUGGUAAAGCUGGAAAAUUGGACAGAUGUGUCACGGGUGGAUGGUGUCGUGCUAGAGAAAGUGCAGGAAGAUGAAUUUCGCUAUCGAAUGUACCAGACGCAGGUCUCAGAUGCAGGACUCUACCGCUGCAUGGUGACAGCCUGGUCUCCUGUCGGGGGCAGCCUGUGGCGAGAAGCAGCAACCAGUCUCUCCAAUCCAAUUGAAAUAGACUUCCAAACCUCAGGUCCUGUAUUCAAUGCCUCUGUGCAUUCAACCACACCAUCAGUCAUCCGGGGAGAUCUGAUCAAACUGGUCUGUAUCAUCACCAUUGAAGGAGCAGCACUCGAUCCAGAUGACAUGGCCUUCGAUGUGUCCUGGUUUGCGGUGCACUCCUUCGGCCUGGACAAGGCUCCUGUCUUCCUGUCUUCCCUGGAUCGGAAGGGGAUUGUGAACACAGCCCAGAGGGAUUGGAAGAGCGAACUCAGCCUGGAGCGCGUGGGUGUGCUGGAAUUCUUGCUGCAAGUGCAUGGCUCCGAGGACCAGGACUUUGGCAACUACUAUUGUUCCGUGACUCCAUGGGUGAAGUCACCAACAGGUUCCUGGCAGAAGGAGGCAGAGAUCCAUUCCAAGCCCAUCUUUAUAACUGUGAAGAUGGAUGUGUUGAACGCCUUCAAGUACCCCCUACUGAUCGGCGUCGGUCUGUCCACUGUCAUCGGCCUCCUGUCCUGUCUCAUUGGCUACUGCAGCUCCCACUGGUGUUGUAAGAAGGAAGUCCAGGAGACGAGGCGUGAACGCCGCCGGCUCAUGUCGAUGGAGAUGGACUAGACCAAGGGACGUUUCUAGAAGCAAUUUGGGUGAGAAGAGGACAGUGAUUGUUUUAAAGUGUGAAGUGUGUUACACUCAUAACCAGUCCUCUCUAAUCUCAGGUGGGACUUGGCGCUCUCUCUUUUCUGCAUGUCAAGUACGGAGCGCGGACAUGUUUACCAGCACACAGCUCUUCUUCCCACAGCACUUUCUUAGAGAACAAUCGAGUGUGUGUUUUCCCAGCUGCGGCUUUUUAAUGGUUAACCUUCGUCUCAUUUUUUUCUCCUACUGGUUUAUAGGUCCUCUGACUUCUGCGUGUGUAUAUCUUUGUGUUGUGAGGGGUUGCGGUGAGGAAGGGGGUGACGGCAUUCGGAAUUAUUUGUCUGGAGUGAGAAUGGG